GAAACCAAAUUUUAAUAAUUUCAUGGAUGGUAGUUUUGAUCAUUUGCUUUCGGUCUAUGUAAAAAUGUUGCCUAGACUCGAAGUGAGUCUUGCGCAAAAUCUUUCUCAAGAAGGAGCGUUUCAAUGAGUAAAAACUUGAUUUUUUUCUUUAAAUUUGUACACAAGUGUAAGAAAUUUUAAAACAUCUAAAGUUAAAAAAAAUUUGAAAAACUUUACUUAAGUUAUUUUUUAUCAGCUAUUACUUGAUUCGGAGAAAGUGUGUGGCUAGAGUAUGCUACAGUUGUUCGUGGGCCUGUGUGGGCUCUAUUUUGCCUUCCCUUUUGUGUGCAACCAGACCGAUCUGGAACUAAUUGUGACCAGAAGAGCCACCGACUGGAUAUUCAUACUUCUCAAGGUGCUACCGUGUGUGUUUUUGACAUUCUGGGUCAAAUCUCACUCGGCCGACUUGUGCAAGAAGACAAAGGGGAUAUUUGAGAAAGAAGAACAAGAAAAAAUCAGACUCAACGCCAGCGCAUUUUGUCUCUCAAGUUUUGGCGACCUGUGCUUGGCCUUCAAAAACACCCUCAGCUUCCCUCUCGGAAUUCUGGGCUUCAGUCUGGCUCAGAUCUGCUACGUUCGCAGUUUCGGCUGGCAGAAUGUCACUCGCCAUCUCGGAAUGUGCCUCUACUUUAUUGCCUUCAUAAACCUAGCCGUCAUUUUUGGAUUCCACUUGAUCAAAGAAGACUCCAUGCAGGGUUUGGAACUGUACGUCACAUCUUUUGCUGUCCUCAUUUACUGCCUGUUGAUCUACACCACUUUCUGGAGAAGUCUAGACAUCAAAAUCCACUCCACCGACACCGAGAACUCCUCCACUGACACGUUGAGAUGUGUGGGCGUUGGUUUGUUCAUUAUUUCGGACACUAUUAUUGCCGUGAACAAGUUUUGUGUGACCAUUCCCUACGCGUGGAUUGCAAUAAUGGGCUACUAUUAUUUAGCACAGGGCUUAAUUGCAUACUCGGAGACGAAUUCGUUCAAAAAUCCAAGAAAAGAGAAAAUUAUUUGAAGAUGAAACUACAGCCAAUUGAUGUUAACUGAAGUUUCAAUGAUAUCGGAAAGUAAUUAGUAGAUAAAUAUUCAUUAGUUAUUACGUGCAUGAAUCACUUUUUGUUAGUUGUUUUAAUCAAUUUUAUCUGAAAAUAUUUCAUUUUCUCUGGCUAGUCUUGCUGUACCUUUAUAUAGUUAUAGAAAAAAUUGAACAAAAAGAAACUUUUCUCGAAGCAAAGAUCAACUAGAUGCUGCACCGAAAUAGUAUGUAUGGACCAUUGGAACCAGAUCUAAACUACAUUUUA